AUGAGCGGGGAUGGAGAAAUGUCCAUCUUCGGGCCAGCUGCCCAGUACCUGAGGAAGUCAGAGAAGGAGAGGAUCGAGGCUCAGUCUAUGCCCUUUGACGCCAAAACAGCCUCUUACGUCAGUGAUGACAAAGAGCUCUAUGUGAAGGGGCUCGUCCAGAACAAAGACGGGGACAAAGUCACUGUCCAGACCCUAGAUGACAGAGUAGAUCCACGGUGGAACCAAUGUCGUAGCAAUCAGUGGCAACAUGGGCUCAUUCCCAUUCAAUGUGCCAAAUUGGAGGCUUGCUUUCAGUAGCUUUCAUAACCCUGCUGUAUUCUGUUUCUAUUUUCCAGACUGUAGUAGUCAAGGAGGACCAAGUGUUUCCAAUGAACCCUCCCAAGUUCGAUUAG